UUAUUAGAUUUCAGACGCAGUUGUCGUCUUCCAAAAGGUAGGCUUACUAUCUUAACCUGCAGCACCGUUCGGCCCUUCUUUAUAUUCUCUUCCAAUUUCAAAUCUCCCCAGACAAGCAAGCAAGGGCGCUCUUCCUCCAUGGCAGCCUCGCUCCCUCCUUCUGCAAUUCUUUUGCUCCUUUCUCUCUUCCACGCAUUCAACCUCUCAAGCUGUGAAUCAUACAUUGGCGUGAACUAUGGCGAAGUCGCCGACAAUCUCCCACCACCCUCAGCCACCGCCAAGCUUCUCCAAUCCACUUCCAUCGAAAAAGUCCGAUUGUACGGUACAGACCCCGCUAUCAUCAAAGCCCUCGCUCACACCGACAUAGGCAUCGUCAUCGGAGCGGCCAACAGCGACAUACCAUCUCUUGCUUCCGAACCCAGCGCCGCCAAAAGUUGGAUCGACUCCAACGUUACCCCUUUCUACCCCGCCAGCAAGAUCAUCCUCAUCACCGUCGGAAACGAAGUCUUGACCUUCGGCGACCAGAAUCUACAAAACCAAUUAUUGCCGGCGAUGCAGAAUCUCCAAGACGCGCUUAACUCCGCAUCUCUGGGUGGAAAAAUCAAAGUGUCCACCGUUCACGCCAUGGCGGUUCUGGGUCAGUCCGAACCUCCUUCUUCCGGAGCCUUCCAACCCGGUUUGACGAACAUGCUGAAGGGACUGUUGGAAUUUAACGACGCCAACGCUUCGCCUUUCGCCAUCAAUCCUUACCCUUACUUCGCGUACACCAGCGACCCCAGGCCCGAAACCUUAGCCUUUUGCCUCUUCCAACCCAACUCAGGCCGACUUGACUCGAACACGAAGAUCAAGUACAUGAACAUGUUCGAUGCUCAGGUGGAUGCUGUGCGUUCUGCGUUGAACUCUAUGGGGUUUAAGAACGUUGAGAUCGUGGUCGCUGAGACUGGUUGGCCGUACAAAGGUGACACUAAUGAGGUUGGUGCGAGUAUCGAGAACGCCAAGGCUUACAACGGUAACUUGAUCUCGCACUUGCGUUCUAUGGUUGGGACACCACUAAUGCCAGGAAAAUCACCAGAUACAUACCUUUUUGCGUUAUAUGAUGAGGACUUGAAGCCUGGGACUACUUCUGAGCGAUCAUUUGGGCUUUUCAGGCCCGACCUGACCAUGACCUAUGAUGCUGGCCUCUCUAGCCAGAAUUCGACAAAAUCUCAAGCUGCUCAAAGUCCAACUUCGACGCCAACAGCAACGCCGUCGCCGACGGCAGCGCCGACAACAAAGAAAGGUGGAGUGUGGUGUGUGCCAAAAGCAGGAUUAACAGCUGCACAGUUGCAAGGAAAUCUGAAUUACGCUUGUGGACAUGGGAUUGAUUGUGGCCCUAUACAACAAGGUGGGGCAUGUUUCCAACCAGACACGCUUGAAGCUCAUGCUGCUUAUGCCAUGAAUCUCUAUUAUCAGACCGCUGGUCGUGAUCCCAAGAACUGUGAUUUCGCAGAUACAGCCACUCUCACGUCCACUGCUCCAAGUUUUAAUAACUGCUUUCUCAAUUCUAGUAAUACUAAUGCUACUAAUAAUACCCGAGCGAAUAACAGUCAGAUAUCAAUGUCUGGAGUCGGACCUACAAGACACUUGAUUGACACUUGCAAAUGGUUGUUCUUCACUGGCUUGGUCUGCCUCUGACAUGUCAAAUCUAUGUCCAGUCUCCACAAGGGAGGACAUUUCUUGUGUUCAACUUGUUCUCUCACAUUGUGCUGGUAACGAAUAGUCUGGUUUAUCAGGAAAGUAUGCGAUGUAGGAAAGAGUGUUCCUUUGCACAUGUAGAGCAGAGAGUUAAGCUGCUGCGUGGAAGGAUAGUUUGAGUAUUCAACUAUUUUUUUGAGGUUAGAAAAUCUGUGAUCAACAUGUAAUAUGUAUAUAUCCCUCGUUCAGUAAUAUAUAUAUAUAUAU